GCCAGGAGUCCCCAGCCAACAGAACCGCGCCUAAAACUCACUGAUUCACUGAUGAUGCUGCUCCGAGGGCGCGGUCCUGCCUUCCCGCUCUACUGCCCGCGCGGGUGUGGCCGGAGGCGGUAAAGCGAGAUCUUUUCUGCCGGAAGCCUCGCUGCCUCGUUGCAGUGCGGACUGAUUGCGCCUUCGGCGACGCCAUGCCCAAGUGCCCUCGUUGUCAGAAGGAGGUCUAUUUCGCUGAAAAAGUCACCUCCCUUGGGAAAGAUUGGCACCGGCCAUGUUUGAAGUGUGAAAAAUGCAAGAAGACUUUAAAUGCAGGUGGCCAUGCAGAGCAUGAUGGGAAACCUUAUUGCAACUACCCCUGCUAUGCUGCACUGUUUGGACCCAAAGGGUUUGGCCGUGGAGGUGCUGAAAGCUACACUUUCAAUUAAAACUUGGAGUGGAAGGAUGAAUUUUGCUGAUUCCAGGUGGAGUUCAUAAGAAGUAUAACCACACUGUGUUUUUCCCUAGAAGUGAAUAUAAUGAUGACUUCAAAGGGGGGGGGCAUGAUAAUUCCUCUUUAACAUCAGUUGAGAAAUAUAAUCAUGUAGAAACUAGAAAAUAAUAGCAUUGGGGGCAUCAUAGAAAAGCAUGGAAAUUAAAAAAAAUCAAAGCCUGCUUUAGAUCUUUUCUUUUAUUAUUUUUCUAACUUACAAAUAAAAUCUUAAAUCAAAAGAGGCUUGCAGAGUUUCAAUGAAUCACAAAAUGGACAUAAAAAUCUGGGAAACAUUUACUGAUGUUCGUUAAGAAAGAAUUUCAGAAUUAAGAAUUUAAAUUCUUUAAGAAAGGAUAUCUAAAAAUGUCUUCAGAAUUAUUUUUAGUGAACUCAUGUGAAAUGAACGUAUUUUUAGUGAACUCAUGUGAAAUGAACGCUUAUUGCAUCCAGUGAAACUUGCAUUUUGAAUUUAUAAAUUGCAAUUCAGACUGAAAUCCAUUGGGAAGCAAUUGUUUGAUUGUAUAAUCAGCAACCAAGUACAUAAUCUGCAGAGCAUAGAUGUAUAUUUGUGUUAAAGCAUUCCGAGACAGGCUGGUUGUUUAUUUUUACUCAGCACUAGCAAGCUGUUUAAUUUACUGUACAAUAUAUAUAUAUUGCAGUGGGUAUAAUUUGCAGUAGAAAACAAGUGAGGAUAAUAUAUUGUUUACCUGACUGUCCCUUACCUUCUUUAGCUUCUUUUCCUCGAUAUAUUUUUCCAUACUUAUAUUUAGGCAAGUCUAGGCCUCUAGUAAGGUUAAUAUGGGUUUGACUCUAUAUUGAAGCUGAAAAAUGUAUGGCAGUAGCAAGGCCCCCAUCUAAAAUGGCCCCAAAUACACAGUAAUGUAACUAUGUUUUAAGAAAUAAAAUAUGUGGUAUAAGAAGUCUAUUAUGAAAUUUAUUGAUAUUUUCAUUUCAUUUAAGUUAACCAAAUUAUAUGAAAGUAGUUCAGAUGAGAGCUGUUGUAAUGAAUUUAAGAAACAAUUCUUUCCUAUUCAGUAAUUUAAACAAUCAAGAUAUAUUUGUGAAAGGAUGCUCCCAUUCUUGUAAAAGAAAUGCAAAAGACAAACAAAGUGAAGCUGUUUCUGAUUGGAAUUUUAGCAUUUGGUUUUCAGAUAUCUCUGCCCUGGUAUUUUCUUUAAUUCUUUCACUGACUGAAGGAAUUGAAUUUGCCUCCAUUUGCUAUAAUCUUCAUUUGUGCUCUUAAUUUAAGAAAGAUAGGCAUGUCAUUUAUAAACAGAUUAAUACAUGUACUUGCUCACUGAAAUAAAAGGCCAUCUGAAUUCUA